AUGCGAGGAAUCAGAUCCCGCCAGGUGGUUCAGAAACGGACUUUACCGAACCAGAGCACCAUGGAAAUGGGCUGUCAGCCUGCGGAUACAAGCGGGAGACGAGAUCAGCCUUCUGCAGGGGCGGUGCGGAUCAGUGGCGCAAUGCGUUCGACCGGUCCUGGUGGUGGCGACAUUCUUUUUUCGAGGUGGAUACAUCACAUACCGUGGACUCAGGCUGCGUUGGAGGGCUUUGUGCGACGAACCAUCAGUGUCUGUGACUUUGACAGCAGCAGCUCCGUAGUAAGUCUCGAACGAUGUGGACACAGCACAAUUCAGAUGCUGUCGUCGGUGACACCUUGA